CCAUAUCAUUUUAAACCACCAAGUUUGAUUUCUCCAGAGUGUCACCGCCAUAAUGUUUUGUUGUUGACUCGUAAUGACCCACCAGUGAUAAGGCCAGAUAACUAUUGGGAAUGUCAGUCUUCCAUUUGUGACACAAGCAUCAUCAUGGCUUCUAAAAUACGGGUUUCUGAAGUAAACAAGUUGGAUGGGGAACAGUUUGAAUGGAUGUUCGGGAACGUGGUAGAACUGUGUACGGAUGCGGCGGCGCAGGUGCAGAAGAAAAGACCCUUUCAAGACGUGGCAGAGUUAUGUAAGGCGUUCGAAGAAUAUUUGGACAACCUAAGCAUUGAGGAAAAAGUAGUGAUUUUGAAACUACAUCCUGACCUAGCGGGCCGGCUGGCAGCGCAAGGGGAACUAACGAAGGAGUCCAAGCAAGAGCAAAGAAGCGCUGGUCUUAAUGACCUCACUGAAGAACAGCGGUUUACUAUCAAUAAUAGCAAUGAACGGUAUAAAUCCAAAUUUGGAUUUCCCUUUAUAAUCUGCGCCAGAGAAAAUAAGGUGCAGUCUAUAAUCAGCGGUCUUCAAUCAAGAUACAACAGUUCGCGUGAACAAGAAAUAUACACGGGAAUAAAUGAAGUCAAGAAGAUUUGCAAAUUGAGAAUACAAGACAUUGUAAAAGAUGACUAAAUUGAUUAUUUGACAUACUGUUAUAAAAAUUCAUUGUUUAUAAAUAGUACCUCUCUUUCUUUAAAUAAUCUUUGUUAUAGCCACAGAAAAUAAAACCGAACCACUAAAGUUGGAGUUGAGAGUUUAUUAAAAAAUGUUCCAGAAGAAUUACAGAAAUAUGAACCUAAAUCUAUCUUAUUUAUAAGAGUCCCAGAGACCUUUCCACUACAGCAUGAGGCUGUCCGGCAACCUCGCACAAGUCUUGAGUGUUGAGGAUGUCUUCAAAGCCAAUGUCCAGAUACUUUCCAGUCAGUACAUCGUGUUGUAAGUUGGAAC